CUUUUGAAAGAAGACACAGAAUCUGAGGAUUGGAACCAGCCAAAAUGACCAGUGGAGUGCUGCUUCUCUGGAUGGUGAUUGAGCUCUGUCUGAACCAAGCCAUAUCAACGACCGUGACAGGGUUUUUGGGUCACUCUGUAAAGUUGCCUUGUUUUUACAAUGUUAGAGAUAGACAGACUCAUGUGAUGUGCUGGGGAAAGGGUUCAUGUCCCAAUAGCAAAUGUAGUGGAGACAUUGUCUGGACUGAUGGACAACGAGUGUCAUGGUCGAAGUCUUCAAAAUAUCAACUUCAAGGAAAUAUUUGGAGAGGUGAUGUGACCCUGACAAUCAAAGACACAAAUAAAGAAGAUAUUGGUAGAUACUGCUGCCGGAUAGAGGUGCCUGGAUGGUUUAAUGAUAUCAAAAAGGAAGUAGUUCUGCAGCUGGAGAGGGCUCCAACCACAACUACUCGUCAGACUACAACUACUCAUCAGACUACAACAACAACUCAUCCAACUACAACAACUCAUCCAACUACAACAACUCAUCCAACUACAACGACACAUCCAGCUAUAACUACUCAGCUGACUACAACUUGUCCAACCACAACAUCCACAACCAGUAUCCAAGUAAUCACUUCAGAAAUUCCUAAUCUAACAACUAUAAUGGCACACCAGUUGACUACAGUCACUGUAAAAUCAACAACAGCAGCUUUUCCUGAGAAAUCAACUUAUAAUCAAGCAAUAAGCUCAGCUCUGACCACUAUACCAUUGACAGAAGUUGCCCCUAUGACUACAGAAACAAGUUUUCCACAAAAUGAUUCUGAAUUUGAAGAGGUAAGAACUUCUGGAGACACUGAACUACUGAUAAUCAUUGUCCCAUUGGUGGGGUUUGUGAUCCUCCUGUUGCUACUGGCUUUUAUUUUGAGAGGUAAAAUCAAAAGAAAGAAUUAUUCGGAUACAACACACAAAAGGCUAAACAAUGCUGGAGAAGUUGGCAGUGCUCUUAGUGCCCUGCCUCGUAGGACAGAAGAAGACGAAGAAGGCCUUUUCACCCUCUAAUAGCUUUCAUUUGGGGAAGUAUGGAUGUGUGUGUGUGUAUGUGUGAUAUUGGAGGCCUGACAAUAAAUUGAUCUAAGUAUGCUUUUUAUAAAAAAAGUAUGCCAGAACUAAGUGAAUAUUAGCCAUUUCAAAGUAGCCAUACUUAUUUGUCCAUUAUUUCCAUUUGCUCGUGCCAUUUCAGAGCAAGGUUAUAAGAAAAUGGUUUUUCAAAGGCUUAUAUAUGUUAUUUGGCCCUGGAGGGGAAGGACAUAAGUUCCACAAAAAAGAAGAUAUACAUUCAUUUAUUCAUCAAAAACAUGAAGCAUCUGCUGAAAGUAGAAAGUAGUUGUAGUAACUGACUUUAUAUAAGGCUUUAAAGUUUGUAAAAUGUUUUACACCCAUUAUCUCAUUUAAAUUUUAUGAUGUAGUAGAAAACAAAGAAUACUGCAUUUGGAGUUAGAGGCCUAGGGCUUAAAUCCCACCUGUCAUCUGUUGUCUUGAAUUACUUUGUGACCCUGGGCAUUACCCUUCUUCUCUCUGAGCCUCAGUUUCCUAAUCUGUAAAGUGAGGGGGUUGGACUAGAUGACCUUGAAGGUACUUCUUAUUCUAACUCUAUGAUUCUAUGAACAUGGUAAGGUAGAUGUUACGAAUAUUAUUAUUCAUCUGAGAUGAGGGAAUGGGGCCAGAGAGGAGACAGUUCUUGCCCUUGGGGAGUUUAUAUUCAAUUAGGGGAAGACGACACUUUAAAGGAAGCCUGAAAGAGUGGUGGAAGGUCAGAA